AUGAAGCUUGCUCUGCUGAGUAUUGUGGCCAUGUUGGCGGGUGUUCAGGCCGAACCGUGCCAACCGGGCCAAGAAAGAUUCGGCGGUUCUUGCUACCAGAUGACCCCUGGACUACUGGUAUGGGAAAAAGCACAACAAACCUGCUCGAAUCUGGGUGGUCACCUGGUGGUUCCUGACUCCCUCGAAGAGAAUCAGUUCAUCUUGGAGAUGUUCAGAAGGAAGGUCCCUGAUUCAGAGAAUCUCUGGAUUGGCUGUAGUGAUGGGGAGGAGGAAGGCAGGUGGGUUCAGGCUGGUGGAGGAGACCAGGAGUGUACUUACCUCAACUGGGCAUCGGGGGAGCCGCAUCCCUCCUACAAGGAUUGGGAAGAUUGCGCGGGAAUCUGGGGUGGACAUGCUGGCUCGUGGAAUGACUUUCCAUGCACGUCCAGCUAUUACGCGAUGUGUGAGAGCCAUGCUGUCCCGUCUAUGUCCUGUCUGCUGACGUAUGAUGCCCGUGGCUUCUUCACAGCCCACUGCCUGACUGAUCGCAUCCCUAAGGAGGCAACCAGCAGCGUGGCCUGGGCUUUGACGUGCCGGGAUGAGCCUCGAUGCCGCUCCUUCUCUCUGCGCCAGGCAAGCCGGGGAGCAUUCAUGUCAUGUCAGCUGGACCCCGCUACCGAAAUGAACACUGACAAGUCGUGUCUGUAUUACUACUUCUGA